UUCGUGAAACCCUUCUGAGCAGUUCCCUCUUGCAGUUCAACCAGCUGCACCCCGUUGUCAGAGCAAAUUACUGAUGUAGAUAAGGCGAAAGGGAGCAAAAGUUUAACCACAGAAAAGGCCACUCUGGUCGGGGCAUUGAGCAAUAUUCAGUGCGUGAAAAGUGACAUCAGUUGGGAAGUGAAAAUAGACGCUGGUGUCGGCAAUGAAUGUUUUUUCCCUCAAGCCUCUGAGAAGCUUGAAGAAAGACGGUUCUCUGCCUUCUCUCCAGUUCCCCCCAUGGCUCCUUGUCUCCUCUCGGAGUGGAUCCUAAUGGUCCUCGCUACAGAUCUCACGGCAUCAGGCUCCCCGGUGAGAGGACUGGUGGGUCAGAACGUCACGCUGCCCUGCCGAUACCGAGUUGAUCGUGAAAGUGACAUCACAAGCAUGUGCUGGGGCCGGGGCAGCUGCCCUUCUUCCACGUGUGCUCAGCCCAUCCUCUGGACAGAUGGACGGGGGGUAACGUGGCGUCAGUCCAACAGAUACCAGUUAGAGGGGGACCUCACGCGGGGGGACGUGUCCCUGACCAUAGUGAAUGCGGCGGAAGCAGACGAAGGGCUGUAUUGCUGCCGUGUGGAGAUCCCCGGUUGGUUCAAUGAUGAGAAGAGCCACCUGGAAGUUGUGAUUGAGAGAGGUGAGCAGAGUCUGUCUCUUUGUCUCUUCGGAGGGUAA